GACCAACUGUGGUAAAUUUCUAACCAAUUAAAGACGAAAGCCUUUUAAUGUCUAAAAAGAUUAAGAAAUAAAUAAUUUAAUGAGAAACAAAACUUCCUAGAACCAUCUGAAGGCUCCAUGAAUCACGUGACACAGGCUGUCAAUAGUUCCAGGAAGUUACUAGUUACGCGUGGAGCUGUGAUGCUAACCCAUUUAUAGACGAAAGCCAUUUAAUGAAUACAAAAUGAAAGAUAUAAAGAAUUAAAAGAGAAAAACAUAACUUCAUGGAAUUAUCUGAAGGCUCCAUGAAUCACGUGAAGCUCCAGCGUUUUGGACCUCUCUCUCUCUCUCUCUCUCUCUCCGGCUCUGUUCAGGACUGAUUAUAUAUUAAAAUAAAACAUAUUAAAAUAAUAGCCUAUACAAAUUCUGACAUGAUGCUAAAUAAAACCUUUAGUGUGAUAUGCAGGGUAUAUAAGGCAAGUUAUCAUCCUUUGACCUUUUCAGGUUGUUUUGUCCAAUGACAAACAGCCUUAAGAACAUUUUGAAACUAAAGAUAUGAUUAUGCUAUUUAGAUAAUGCAUGUUUGUACAGUUAUGGUUUAUAUACACAGUGUUCAAUUGGCGUCAAGUGCCGAUAUUCUGGAUAAAAAGGGGCGGGACAAGACUGUCUGCAUGUCUCCCUUACGUCAAAGAGGCGCGUGUGCGCGCGUGCGGGGAUUCUGAAAGCAGGCACCGACACGCGGGUAUCUUUAUUUUAUCUUUAUGUAAAUAACCCAAAAUGAAAGAAGGAUAUUGGACAUUCAUGAACGGUUAGUCUCUACACCCUUCCGUUAGCCUGUAGAAACCAGAUCGUUGCUCGUUGUCGCACAGGAGGAGGUCUCUUUGUUCAGCGUUUUCUGCAAUAAAAUAAAACAAAAUAAAAUGGACAAUAAGGAGAGCAGGUCGGACGAAGAAUUUGAAUCACCGGAGGAAGAGGAGGUGGAUCCGAGAAUUCAGGGAGAGCUUGAGAAACUCAACCAGUCAACAGAUGACAUCAAUAGAUGUGAAACUGAGCUUGAGGAUGCCAGACAGAAGUUUCGUUCCGUGCUGGUGGAAGCUACACUCAAGCUGGAUGAGCUGGUGAAGAAGAUCGGAAAAGCCGUGGAGGAAUCAAAACCGUAUUGGGAAGCCAGGCAGGUGGCGCGACAGGCUCAGCUGGAAGCACAAAGGUCCACACAGGACUUCCAGAGGGCCGCUGAGGUGCUGCGUGCGGCCAAGGAGACCAUCGCUCUGGCCGAACAGAGGCUGCUGGAGGACGACCAGCGGCAGUUCGACUCGGCGUGGCAGGAGAUGCUCAACCACGCUACGCAGCGGGUGAUGGAGGCGGAACAGAUCAAAUCACGCAGCGAGCUGUUGCACAAAGAGACCGCAGCCAAGUAUACCGCCGCCAUGGGCCGCAUGAAACAGCUUGAGAAGAAACUCAAACGCACCAUCAGCAAGUCGAAGCCCUACUUUGAAAUGAAGGCAAAAUAUUACCUGAAGCUCGAGCAACUGAAGAAAAAUGUAGAUGACCUGCAAGCUAAGCUAACACGAGCUAAAGGGGAAUAUAAAUCUGCCUUGAGGAACCUGGAGAUGAUCUCUGAUGAGAUCCACGAGCGCAGACGUUCCUCAGGCAUGGGGCCGCGGGAGAGAGGCGUCGGUUCAGAGGGUGAAGGCUUCAUUGGUGAAGAUCUCUCUGGCUUCAAAAUUGACUCUGAUGGGAUAUCGAUGGCAUCUGGUUCUUUCGAUGAUGAAAACUGCAGCUCCAGUGCCAUGUCUGAGGAAGACUCGGAGUCCACCGGCAGCUUCAGCUUUGGGACGAAGAGCCCUCUGGAUUUACCUUGUCCCUUCUCUUCCUCUUCUUCCUCAUCAUCUGGCUCUCCGUCCUCCUCGUCCCCAGCCCCCUCCUCUCGUCCCUGCAGCCUGGACCUGCCCAGCAACGUCUCAUUGUCUGACUUCAGUCUGAUGUCCCCGAUCCUGGGCCCUCGCAGCGAAUGCAGCGGAGCUUCUUCCCCUGAGUGCGAUGUAGAGAGAGGUGACCGAGCAGAGGGAGCCGAAGCUGUACUCGACAACAGUCUCGCCAAUAACAACGCCAGCACCAAACCGACCUUCGGCCUUGAUAGUCGCUUUCGUCUGCUCUCUCUAAAACUCGGCCGAACGGCAAGCAGAAAAAACGCUGAUCCUCUCCGUCUGGCCCAGCACUCCUCCACGACCACGAUCCUGCUCGACGGGAUGUGAAGGCCGUAGCCGAUACACCGACAUUGAUGUAUUCAUCCUCAUUGUCUCCUUCGCCAAUGUCACCUCUGUCUCUUCCUCUCACCAUCUAGAACAUACCGCCAACUUUCGGAUUGAUUUUGGCUCGGUCUCAUGAGUGUUUGGACUGUGACACGACGUGCAGAAGAGACACAUCUGCCAUAUGGUAGACACUACAUUUAAUGUGCACAUCCAAGAACGCAUUUAAAAAAAGACACAUUAACUUCCCACUCGUCCUGUUGUCUACAAAGUGAUGAUGUCUGCAGAAGUCGCCGUAGUUAGCACUUGUCUUUACUGGGGAGCUUUUUGAAAUGCAUUAAGAGAUUUAAUAUACUGUCGAUUUGUGCAUUUUUGUCUGUAGUGCCGUAACAGUGUCACGGGUCGGUCGAUAUACACAAUCAUUUGUGUGGCAGUAUAAUGUUACAGCCUUUUCCGGUUAAUGUGUAGCUAGGUCACCUGUGCAUGUUUACGCUGUAGCCUGGACGUGUUAAAAAGAAAAAAGGAUUCAAAAUCUUCCAAGGAGCUUUGAACGUGUGCUGCUUUGCUACAACAAAAAAGAAGCCAACAAGCUGCAUGUCGCAGGUCAGCUUCUCGCAUCGGCACCUGUCACUUUCAUCUCUCACAAGCCAAAUAACACGAGCUUCCCCCACACGACUGGACAUCGUGCAUGUCGACCUGUUCCUCCGUAUAGAGAAUAAUGAGCAAUAUGUGCAGAUUCACAGCAUCUUGAGCUGACGAUAAAACGGAGGAGAACACUUCAGACAAGAGACGAAUAGAUUUACCAAUGGGGAUUAUGGGUAAGAUUUGACUGGUGUCAGUCAUGGUUAAGCACACUGAGAUUAGGAAGAUAUUGAAUGUUCAAGCUUUCGUACAGUAGCCGUUGGAUUUAGAGACGCAGCAUCAGAUCUGGUGUUUGUGUCCGAUGUACUUCACCUUAUCUCCUGUUUGUUGUUGAGGACAAAAUAAGCUCAAACCAGUAUUUUUAGUGAUUUAUGACGUUUGGUCUUUUUGUUGUUUACAAAGCUGGUGUAAUUGUUUUCAAAAUAAAUAAAAUACCUGAUGUAUUGUUCGUAGUCAAGAAGAUGAUCACAAUAAUAAAAUAAAAUGUCUGUUAUGAAAUGCUGUUGGCUACUAUAAAGCAACUUUAAGUUAAAUCUCAGUUUGGCAAUUACAAUAUUUAAGAGGUACUUUAAAUUCUAAGAUCACCUUGCUCUUAUCAUUAAAUGCAAUAAAUGACGAAUCUCUGAGGAUUCAGAAAUAUAAUUGGAUGUUUGAGCAGGUUUGUAGCCAAUAGCACAUAACGCCGUCAAAUCAUGUUUUAGGAAUAUUUUGUAAUAUCAUGCUGAAAGGUUUCUGAUUCAUGUGUUUCUGCUUAAAGGUACAGUUCACCCCAAAAUAAAAUGUCAGUCAUUUAUUCA